AUGUCUCGAUCAAAGGACCGUAUGUUUCUUUGUCAGAGAAAAUAUGCUCAGCAAAUUUUGGCACGUGCUAAUAUGUCUUCUUGCAAGCUGGCUAACACUCCUAUUGAUACUAAGUCGAAACUUAGUGCUAGUAGUGGCAAACCUGUUAAUGAUCCGAGCUCUCAUCGUCAGCUCGCCGGUGCUCUGCAAUAUCUUACCUUCACCAAACCAGAUCUUUCCUAUGCGGUUCAGCAACUCUGUUUGUUCAUGCAUGAUCCUCGUGAUCCUCACCUUCAUGAUUUAAAGCGUGUUCUUUGGUAUCUCAAAGGUACUCUUGACUUUGGUAUGCAUCUCUCUUUUACUCCUGCUUCUGGUGUAGUCUCCUAUUUUGAUGUUGAUCGGGGUGGUUGCUCGGAUAGUAGACGUUCUACGUCUGGUUAUUGUGUGUUUCUUGGGGAUAACCUUAUUUCUUGGUCAUCUAAGCGCCAAGCUACUUUAUCAAAAUCGACUGCUGAGGCCGAGUAUCGAGGGGUUGCUAAUGUGAUUGCCGAGACCACUUGGUUACGCAAUUUGUUGUUGGAGUUGCAUUGCCCUUUGCGCAAAGCCACAGUUGUUUAUUGUGAUAACAUUAGUGCAGUGUAUAUGUCUCACAAUCCGGUUCAUCAUCAACGCACUAAGCAUGUAGAGAUGGACAUUCACUUUGUUCGUGAGAAGUUUUCCCUCGGUCAUAUUCGUGUUCUACAUGUGCCUUCUUCUUUUCAAUACGCUGAUAUCUUCACCAAGGUUCUUCCUACACCGUUGUUUGUGGACUUUCGAUCCAGUUUGAGCAUUCGUCCUCUUCUUGCUCCAACUGAGGGGGUGUGUUAG